AUAAACAUUAUAUAAACAUUAUAGAUAUAUGAAGGAAUAAUUUACAUUUAGUGGUGUAGUUGCAGAUUGAAACCGUUUGAAUACCACUAAGUCUUCCAAAGGUGCAGGAAUCAGUUACAAUGGUUGUGCAUUUUGCAAAUGAACAUGAAAUGCGCCUAUCUUUUAUCUAGUGUUUGGUUUCUCUUAUUUGGACUACUGUAGUAACAUGGUGGUUAAAGAUGGCGGCCCCCUUGGAGGGAACUCUCCUGUAGUUAAAAACGGCUCAUUCAAAGGUAACAAAAAUGCAACAAUUCCUAUAUUCAGGUGAUUAUACACGAAUGAAAACACAACUAUGACUAUUAUAUUCCUUUUCUGCCAAUACAUCCUCCUUAAUGUUACACACCAGACCUUCAAGUGACAUUGGGUAAAAACAUUAUUUUGGGUGAGUUAAAUAUAUAAGGGUAGUCUCAUAUGUCACAUGUUUACAACAAAAGGUGUUUAUCUGAUUAAAUUCCUAUACCCACUUCUCUCAGGAACCGAAUGGGGGUCAGUUCACGGACGGUAAAGUCACCUCCCACAGCACUUGAACGUACCACGGGUUUCCCAGUAGAAACGCCCUGAUGGGUGGGUCCUAACAAAGCGCCCCAACUCCGGCAAAAGACACGAGAAAAAAACAGAAUAUAUUAUGUGAGAUACACAACUCUGUGUCUCAAUAUUGUGCAAUAUCUUUAGUAAAGUAAUCGAUAAAACAAAUCAUGCGAUCAGCUGAUCGACGACGGUACACACGGGACUCCGGUUUGUGUUUCCAACCACGGCACGUUAUGAUGCUACUGUUGCUGUUGCUGGGUGCCUGUUUCUGUGUGGGCAUCUCAUAUGACGAGGAGGACUAUGGGGCCACACUCAGGAUAAGGCUGUCCAGAAAGGCUGUGUCCCUGGAGUUCACCCAGAUGUACGGCUCUGAUGUGACAAUCUUGUGGAAGCGUGAUGACCCCCCAGCCCAAGAGGACCAAAGGAGGAAGGAGAUGGGCAGCUACUUUGUGAUAUAUAAUUCAACCCAGAGAGACAGUGGCAGCUACAGAACAAAAGACAAACAUGGGCUCAUUUUAUCUCGCACAAACAUUAGGGUUGUAGCAAUAAAGAAGUUGUAUGAACUGAAACCUGAUAACGUGAUCAAAUUCCCCCUGGAACUAAACUCCUGCAACAUUCGAUUCUUCCAAGAAUACGACGAAAGAGGGACUGAGAUUGUUAAGCAUGGUCGGCAGCUGGAUUUCUAUGACUCUGAAUGCACAGGGUGGGAGAUGAUAAAGCCAUGUAGCCUUGGAAUAAAAUACGCCCAAAAGGCAUGCAGCGGGCGCUAUCUGGGCGUAGAUCAAAAUGGCCAUACAGCCUUAGAGGCGACACUGGAAGAGGAGUCAGCAUCUUUUGAUACAUCUCCAAUCGGUAUUGGACUUGGUAUUUUCUUCAUUGUAACGGGCUGCUGUGGCUGCUUGAAGCACUGCUGCUGUGGAAAAAGCUCCUCCAAAAGUGACGAACCUGAGACUCCGGAUGAGGAGCCUGCAGUGCAGCCCCGUCAGUAUGACCAUAAGCCUGUUGGACCGAGCCGAGAACCACUGAGUCCUCCUGCUGAAACACACUACCCUGCUCACCCCUCUUAUACUCCGACUGGUCCAUUGAUACACAAUCCUCCUGCAGUGGAUGCACCACCAUCUUAUUCUGAGAUACACAAUCCUCCUGCAGUGGAUGUACCGCCUCCGUCUUAUUCUGAGGUUCCAGCUCCAACUGUCCCCUUCCUCUCUGAGCCCGGGGACCGGUUUGAACUGAAGGGGAAGGCCUUUUCUUCUUCUUCUUCUUCUUCUUCUGCCCCACUCAGCUCGGACUCACCUACCUGUUAUGUUUAUACCUCAGACAAAUUAAACUUCCUCUGAAAGCCCGGAUUUUGAAAGGUACAUUCAAAUGUGUAAACUCACUCUUUGGUGCAACGUUAGAAGAAAUAGUUCAACAUUUUGGGAAAUACACAUUUUCACUGGUGGCUUCCUGUAGCCUGUAUUUCCCAGCAAAGAAAUAGUCUGGCACAGAAGCCCCCCCCCCCACUAAACAGCUAAUUGUGAGUGUUGUGUGUUUUUUUGUGGAUAAAGAAAAAAGUAUAACGUUAAAUAACAAGCUUUAGAGGUGCUCGUAGGAGAGUGGCAUCAAUCUUUUCUAUUAUUCUUUUAACAUUGACACAGUUUUUGUGGGACCUGCACGUCAACUCCUCACACAGCUACAUCUGUUCUUCCAGAUACUGCAAUUUCCACAGUGUUUAACUGGGCCAAAGAGUGAAGACCAUUUUUUGCAUCUGAGUCAGUCCCAUUUAUUUCAGUUUUUUAGGGUCUUCUAAAGCUGCAUGUGUCACUAACAGAGUAUAAAACUUUGUAUCCCAGGAUCACAGGUUCAAAGCCAUAGGCAAAAGGGAAAUUUUCACUUAAAAACAUGUACUUGAAAUUGACAGUGCCUGCAUUAUGGACAGUAAUGUUCUACCUCAUGAGUCUCACUUAAAUAGAGGUACAGGUUUUCAUAGUACUGAGUGAAUAACUUUCUCAUCCAUGCACUUCUGUCAGGGAUGCAGCAUGUUUUUCCAGACCAGCUUUACUUUUCAGGGAAGAAACAAAGACAAAGUAGCCUUAUAUCUGCAAACUCUCUGUAUUUAUAUAUUAUAUAUAUCUAUAUCUCUCUGUAUUUAAAAAUAGAAGACAUUUCCCUUUCUGUUGGGAUUGCUGUAGGUGUUUAUAUAUACUGAUACAUAGCUAGUGUAUUGUGGUGUAGAUAAAUGUUUUUUAAAUAAGAUUUAUAUUAUAUUGUGUAAAGAUAUCACGUGCACUGCUGGCCUUUUAUUUGUGCAUAUUUUCAAUGGUGGGUCGCACAAUGGUAUAUAAAUACCUCUGUGCUGCACUCAUAUCAAUGCAAGUCUAAACUUGACGACAGCAGCAAUGUGUUUCUUUCUCCAUUUUAUCACUCAAAUAUAGGAAAUACUAAACACAACAGGAAGUUAAAUAUUUAUUCCUUCAAUAGAUAUCUGUUAUUUAAUUUAAUUUAAAUUGUUUAUUUUUGCAUGUCACAGAAAUACGACAUGAUAUUAGACAUUUCUGUGAGCAUCUGGUGUUUGUAUGUUAGUGUAUUUAGACCUUGUGUCAGGUGCAUUAAAGCUAAUAAAAUCCUCCUGAAUGA